GAUCAACAAAGACAGCGUCGACAGAGACCACGGCAUCCGGAACAUCACCUGGGCUUCCUCUAUUUAGACUUAAAGCACGAGUGAGAAAGUGAUUCGCAAAUGCAUCUAAGCUUCAACCUGAAUAAGGUUACUUUUAACGUUGCUGCUGUAGUUGCUCCAACGCAUUUCUAUUCGAUUAGCAAGGGUUUUGCUUCGUGCUGUGGACUAACCUUCCACUUUUGUGGAGUUUUGUAAGCGUCCUCUCCAUUGUAAAGAACAACCGCGCCGCUUCCUGGGCAGUACUGGUAAGUAAGUCCGACACGCCGCUCCACUGGACUAGCACGCAGCUGAGCGGGACUGUCAGGUUGCUCAAGAUCACUUGCCACAGCCCAAAUUGCAGUGAACGUGGCGGUGAGAAGUGGUAGAUAUCGUUGGCGAUCAGCGCGCCGUCCGCGACAAAGUACACCCACAACACCGAGAUGCUUCACGAAUCGCACGAAGCACAGACACUUGGUUAGUGUCAAUUGCAGCGGCUCAGCUUCGCCAUCAUUUCACGCACCCUAGUAUCGUCAGCGCCAUCCACACCUCGACGUAAGCCAUGUACUUGGCGGUGAAGACUACUGGGCACAUGAAGUGUAACAGGAAGUUGCCGGCAUUCGCGAGGUCCCGGAAGACGUGGUACUUGCUUAUGAAGCCGAACCAGCCCAGCAGCAUGCUGUCAAACACGGAUCGAUCGAAGAAUCUCAGCGCGUACCAUGAUAACAUCACCGACAGCCCCAUGACCAUCGCGAGCCCCAGUGCCGUUGGGGACUCCAUCUUGGUGGCGAUGACGGUGAACACGUUCCACAGAAACGUGUACACGAGGCGGAUACGGGCGAGCGUCGGCACAAGCACCACGGCCUGCAGUGUUACCAGGGCGUAUGCAACAUCAAGGUAGUCCUGCAGUUUCUCCAUCGCGCCGGAUUCAGAAAUGCCAGUAACAAUUGUGGAGCAUACCCUGCAAGAACGGUAUUCCAUCAUGCGAAUUAUGUCGUCGAGAGUGACCACCAGUGAUGAAAUCGGUCGGCUCAACGCAUGCUCACAGAUGUAAGGUAGGUGGGAUAGAUACACGCUAUAUUGAUCUGGUUACGAGGGCUUCCACGUAGUAGAUCCUGUGAGAUUUUUCAAGAGGUAUAAGUGAUCCCGGGCACAGUCUUGCGGCUGUAGAGCACGACGUUCCUCGACCAGUUGGUCUUGCCCAAUUGUGCCUUGUAGCGGAAUCGGCCCGCAGCCAGCAGAAACGCAUCAAUCUUCUCCACGACGUCCGUACGCACCUUGAUCUUGCGGAAGGACUGGGGUACCUCAACCCGCAUGCGGGUCAACCGCUUCUGCGCGUUGCUGUUGUUGAAAAUGAUUCAAAGACAACGAUACAUUAGGAUUAGGAUCAAGAAAAGCAUCACAAACUUUAAGUCACAACGAAACACAGAAAGUGCCACCUAC